AUGUUCUUCCAAGGCUCGAUCCAGGAAGGUAUAUCUUCAGCUGUCGGCCAGCAGAAGCUGCUGUUGUGCUUCGUAACGGAUGGCAACGACGAGAGCCAGAUAUGGGAGGAGGAGUAUCUCCAAAAUGAAUCGGUCAAUGGCUUGAUUGCCGCCAAGGCCGUCGCGCUCCGUCUCAAGGCGGGCUCUGACGAGGCAGGCUAUCUAGCUCAAAUCUUUCCACUGCCCAAGACUCCAACUAUCGUCAUUAUGAAACAUGGUGAGCUCAAGGAGUACAUAGCUUCCGGCACGACCAAAGAAGAUUUGCUGCGACGACUAGCCAACGUCUUUGCUGUUGCGCCUGUACCUAUGCCUACGCCUGCCCCAUCCACACCUAGUGGCGCUACUACAGCUCCAACCCCUACGCCCAACUCUGAGUCAUCAGCGAUCCCGUCAUCUUCUAUUCCUGUCGGUAGCCCGGAGUCAGACGGUUCCGAAAAUGUGCGACGGAUCCUUGCGGAGAGAGCCGCCAAGGCUCAGAAAGUAGCCGCCGCAAGUCAGUCCAAGGAGGUUGACGCCGCUGCCGCUGCCGCGAGCGCUUCCAAGGGUAAAGGCAGGGCGGCGGCUGAAAUACCAGCUGCCCCGUCCCAGACUGAGGCUCAGAGAGAGGCCACAGAGCUCAUCCGGAAGAAGAAGGCCCAGCAAAAUGACGAGCGCCGUAGGAUCCUGAAAAGAAUCGAGGAUGACAAGGCAGCCCGCCGUGGCCUAGCAGCCCAACGCAAGAAGCAAAGGCAAGAGGACCAGGCCGCACAGGAGUCUGAAGCAAAAGAGCAACAGGCGGCUAGAACUGUAUCUAGGUCGAAUCUGGGCAGCGCAGCAGCUAUCCAGGUGCGGCUAUCUGACGGCUCCACGCUCCGGAACAAGUUUCAAGCUACGAAGAGUAUCAAAGACAUCCGGAGUUGGGUUGACAAGGAACGGUCCGAUGGCCAGGGCCCGUACUUUUUCAAGCAGGUCCUCACGCCGCUUCCGAAUAAGAGUAUUGACAUCACCGAAGAGGACAAGUCACUUGGCGCGCUUGGGCUUGCUCCUUCAUCCACCCUUCUUCUGAUUCCGAUCCAACGUUUCGCUUCAGCCUACGAAUCACAAUUCCCUUCCCAAGGUUUUUUUGGUCAGAUAAUGGGUCUCAUUUUCGGCCUCUUCACCUGGCUCAUGGGCCUCAUUGGCCUAGGAGGCGAGGCUGCCCAGCCUGCGGCGCAGGCCCGGAGCCAGCAGCCGGCCAAUACGGCAACUGCGCUGCAAAACCAGCGUGUCCAGGCAUUCCAAAACCCAAACGACAGGCGCGGCGAUCAACAACUAUAUAAUGGAAAUUCUUUGAAUUUUGAGCCUCGGCCAGAUGAAGACGAGAAAUGA